AUGGGUAAUGUUCCGGCUAAAGAGAGUGGGAGUAGAGGUAAUUCAUAUUCUUCUAGUCCAACAACACAUUCGGAUCUACUAGCAGGAAGAUUGGGCCGAAGAGGAAUCAGCUCUAAUGUAUUUCCUACUUCAUUAGGAGAUUUGAAGAAAUCUAAGAAACAAGAGGAGAAGGACAAGCAGAGAGAUCAGCAUUACCUUAACCUUAUUGUUAACUAUACAGACAACGUUGAUGGAGGGUUUUUAGCUCCUUUUGGGGUGUACAAGUCUAAUCUAGACUACGAUACUGAAAUCGUAAGAGAGUUGAUUGUUAAUCGUCUGAUAGCUCCAUUUUAUACACCUUUGCAAGAUUUUGAUGAUUCAUGGACUGAUGAAGAGCUAAUCUUAUUGUUAGGGCAACAGCCUUUACAUUCGAUUGAGGCGGCGUUCUCGGAGGAAGAAGAGGAUGAUGUAGAUAACCAUAAGAUUCACAAAUCAAGCAACUAUUACAAGAGACAGGAGCAGAAGGCCAAGCUUAAAUCAUUGGUAUACAGAAUCAAAGAUUUGCAGAAGGAAGAGGAAUCUAAAUUUUUAGAGCAAAAACAGAAACUAAAGAACGGCGAUACUGAUGCUUCUCCUGAUUUGCCAUCAAAAGACUUAUUAUUGCGGCUUUAUAGAAAUGCAUCAGAAUGCCCUAUUUGCUUUUUAUACUAUCCCCCGAACUUCAACAUUUCUCGUUGCUGCGUUCAACCUAUUUGCACCGAAUGCUUUGUUCAAAUUAAAAGACUUGAUCCCCAUCCUCCACAUGACGAUUCUUCUAAUGAACCAGGUUCAGACGAACUACCACAUUCUUUAAUAUCAGAAGCGGCUAAUUGUCCAUAUUGCGCUCUGCCGAACUUUGGAGUCACUUACGAUCACCCCAAGGACUUGAAUACUGGGGUAAAUGGCAUCAAGCCAUCGAGAUAUUCUGCACCAUUCAAAAGCAUACCAGAAGGCUCCGCAUUAUCUUCUUCUCCUGAAAGCGACAGUGGUGCACCACAUGUUACUGCUAAGCUUCCCAGGAGAACUUCGAUAGCUGCCGAUGGUCCUGGGGUUAUUACGACUGACAUGAUCAGACCUGACUGGGAAAUAAAAUUGAAUUCUGCAAGAAGCAAACUCGCUAGAAAGGCGGCCACAGCAAGUGCUAUACACGCUUCCAACUUAAUCAUGGAUGACGAUGAGUGCAAUGAUGCAUCCAGAAGGAGAAGCACGCAUAAUAAUUCUAGCAGAAGAAGACACACGCAUAGCUCUAGCUCCCGUAUUAAUCCUAUGGAGGAAAGGAUGAUUGAAGAGGCUUUGAGGUUAUCUCUUGUUGAUGAAGAAGAAAGAAAGAAGAAAGUCGAACUUGAAGAAAGAAGGAAGAAACUGCCCUCUACUUGA